AUGGAACCGCGACACGGUGAGGACUCUUCGACCGACGACGACGCUGCAUCGCAGACCACCGAAGACGAUCCCCAGGUGCCCGACAAUCACGAACCACCGCCAGCGCCUGCAGCUGCACCCGCGCCCGCCCAACCUAGUGCUUCGGCGAGUACUCGCGAGAGGCCGCAUUAUGAGCUGCGACAUACACUUAGAGGACACACAUCAUCGAUAUCGGCCGUGAAAUUUAGCCCAGAUGGGACCCUUUUAGCGUCAUGCGCGAAUGACAAGGCAGUUAAAAUAUGGAAUCCAUUCACUGGGGAGCUCAUACGGAACUUGAACGGGCACACGAAAGGUCUGUCCGACAUCGCAUGGUCGUCGGACAGUGUGUACCUCGCGUCCGCGUCGGACGAUACGACCAUCCGGAUAUGGGAUGUUGACUCUGGCCUGACCACGAAGCACCUGAAGGGGCACACAAGUUACGUCUUCUGCCUGAAUUACAACACCUCGUCGAACCUGCUCGUAUCCGGGGGCUGUGACGGGGACAUCAGGAUCUGGAAUACCAGUCGGGGCAAGUGCAUGAAGACUCUGCACGGCCAUCUGGAUUAUGUGACCGCUGUGCAUUUCAAUAGAGAUGCUACCCUGAUAGUUUCCUGCGCCCUGGACGGCCUAAUCCGUAUAUGGAACACAACCUCCGGCCAGUGCCUGAAGACCCUCGCAGAAGGCCACGACGCUAUCUGCCAACACGUCCAGUUCUCCCCCAACUCAAAAUACAUCCUCUCCACCGCACACGACAGCGCCAUCCGGCUGUGGGACUACCAGACCUCCCGCUGCCUGAAGACCUACACCGGGCACCGCAACGUGAAGUACUGCAUCGCCGCAUGCUUUAGCGUAACCGGGGGCAAGUGGAUCGUUUCUGGCAGCGAAGAUAACAAGGUGUAUCUCUGGGACCUCCAAAGCCGGGAAGUUGUCCAGGUGCUUGAAGGACAUCAAGACGUGGUAGUCGCAGUUUCGACUCACCCCCAGCAAAAUAUGAUCGCGUCUGGAUCAAUAGACACCGAUUUAUCCAUCCGAAUAUGGUCUGACACACGUAGUGGAUCUUGA